AUGACCGAGAUGCAGUAUGGUGCGGCGCCAAUAUUUCCAGUCAGUGGUAAAACCGCUCUUUCGACAUCAGUUUUAAGAACGAACAGACCUUCAGCCGCUCGAGGGUUCGUCGCCAGAAUCGCAUCUCCGAAUUCGCUUGCUAUUGCCACGGCCCAACAGAGGCCAACGAUUGCGAGACGGGUGACAAUGAGGCCACCGAGCAGACUUACCUCUUUUGUCCAAUCCAUAAGGCCAAAGGACCUGGAACAACUGGCAAUUCGUGCUGCACAUGGACAAAUACCAUUACGUGGAAGAGUAUACACGGUAGCUUAUCCAAACAGUAAUCUACGCAAUACUGUUUCUACACGAGGAGUGGUGCAAUUGAGGAAACCUACCCUUACACGUUCACAUACAACGCAACUGACCAGGACCCCAAUACUCGGCCGAUCAUCAACCAGUAUAUCUACAGCGGCAAGGAUUCCCACUACAAACAUAGUAUCAUUAAGGAGACCUAUCAGUAAGACAAGUUCACCACGGAAAUCUACCACCAAGUUCUCCCGAAAUUCUGUUCGGAAGUCCUCGCGAAGUUCUCGAAAGUCAUCACGGAAACAUAGCAGUAGGGAGAAAGCGAAGCGGAAGGCAGCAUUAAAAGCUAAGCUAGCAGCUCUGAGAGCAAAGAAAGCCAAGAAGAGCGGCUACCCUUAG